GGUGAAUAACGUCUCUAGGCAACAAUGUGUCAACACACAGCAAGUACAGACAGCUCCAUCGAUGAGAGGUUAAAUUAACAUCGACAUGUACAAGAGCUACCAGCCCUUUAAUCCUAUCGCCAACCAUUUGCAGCAGAAAUGGCAAUCCAGACGCUAUUCAAACCACCUCGACAAGGUGCAAUUUGCCCACCCUGUAGUGGACACCAGGAGAAGGCGCAAAUCAGCAAAUUCCCAGUGUAAAAUGAAGAGAUUGCAGGAUCGACGACUGUCUGCUGCCAGGAGAGACAAUUGUCUUUUGGCUUCCAGGAUGAGAGACGAUCGUCUUUUGGCUUCCAGGAUGGCUAACAUCAAAAGCACAGUGAAUGACAGGAAUGAAUACUACUUUAAAAGUAUGAAUACUAGAAAAAGGAAGCAGGAUCUUAUGGUUAUCAGUGAGGAAAAUCAGGCCAUGUACCAACGAAUCUUAUCCCGAAAGUCGGUGUACUGCCGAGAGCAUUUUCUGGGUGACUGGAUGAAGACAAAGAUCUUGCGACAACACCUCUCCCGGUAUCCCAGGGAACAAGCAACUAAACAGAGACUGGAAAGGAAAGAGAAGAUGGUGACCUUUGACAAACAAGACCAGUCUUCAAGCAAGUCAACCACUGGCAGAACCAAAGAAAUUCCUAGAGACCAUUUGAAUGCUGGCAAAAGGAAGCAGGAUAUUGUGGCUAUCGGUGGGCAAAAUAAGGCCAUGUACCAACGGCUCACACCCCAAAAGUCUGUGUUCUCCCGAGAGCUUUGGUUGGGUGAAUGGAAAAAGACGGAGAUCUUGCGACAACACCUCUCCCGGUAUCCCAGGGAACAAGCAACUAAACAGAGACUGGAAAGGAAAGAGAAGAUGGUGACCUUUGACAAAAAAGACCAGUCUUCAAGCAAGUCAACCACUGGCAGAACCAAAGAAAUUCCUAGAGACCAUUUGAUUGCUGGCAAAAGGAAUCAGGAUCUUGUGGUUGUCGGUUGGCAAAAUCAAGCCAUGUACCAACGACGCCCAACCUACAAGUCUGAGUUCUCCCGAGAGCAGUUGUUGCGUGAUUGGAAAAAGAAGCAGCUCUUGCGACAACACCUCUCCCGGUACGCCAGGGAACAAGCAACUAAACAGAGACUGGAAAGGAAAGAGAAGAUGGUGACCUUUGACAAACAAGACCAGUCUUCAAGCAAGUCAACCACUGGCAGAAGCAAAGAAAUUCCUAGAGACCAUUUGAAUGCUGGCAAAAGGAAGCAGGAUCUUGUGUUUAUCGGUGGGCAAAAUAAGGCCAUGUACCAACGACGCCCACCCUACAAGUCUGAGUUCUCCCGAGAGCAUUGGUUGCCUGAAUGGAAAAAGACGGAGCUCUUGCGACAACACCUCUCCCGGUACGCCAGGGAACAAGCAACUAAACAGAGACUGGAAAGGAAAGAGAAGAUGGUGACCUUUGACAAAAAAGACCAGUCUUCAAGCAAGUCAACCACUGGCAGAAGCAAAGGAAUUUCUUCAGACCAGUAAAGCUCACAACUGAUAUUGA